AUGCCCAAAGCCUCGCCUGAAACACUCAACGCCGAUCCGCGAAUCGCUCGCGCCAUCCUGUCCGCACCAUACCCCCUCGCUUCCAUCCGGACCAGAUCGUAUAUCGUCUUCCGGCCCGUACAUGCUCCGGGCGACAAUGGCGGGACAGGACAUGGCGGUCAACAGCUUAUGCGGCCUGUCGGCUUCGUCUCGAAUGUGCCGUAUCCUGGUUCUAGUCCUUUGCCACUCAGUGGACAAGGGAUCCAUAGCGGUCCGGUACCCCCGCUUGGGGGAUGGCGAAUCCCAAUCGCUGUUCCGAGACAACAGCCGCAGCUCCCACCUCAGACGGACGCACAGCGGGCGGCGGCACAGCAGCUCCAGGAAGCUCUUCGUCCUCCGCCUCCAGCAUUCGGCUCGGAUGCCCCGCCUCGAGGUGGCGAAGCGGCCGAAGGAGCACUUCACGUCGCGCACGAGAUCGGCAAGAUCCUUCCUCGGAACAGCGCCUCAAGUGGACCAAAGGGGCCACCUCAGGGUCUCAACCUCCUCAUAUCAACAUUCCAGACCAUACUCCCCCGCUCUCUACUCGAGUUCCGGCAGAUGCACGAGGCGCUCAUCACCCCUCCGAAACUCACCUCGUCUACCACUUUCUACACUGGCGUCACUGCGGGCGGAGGUGAGACCGCUCGGCCUAGUCCGACUACGCCUAUCGCUCCGACUAGGCCUAGCACGGCAGUAUCUGCGAAGGUAGGCGGGAGGCGGUAUGGCCAGAAAGGCCGGGAAAGCGAUAGUGAGGAGAGCAACAGUGGGUGGAGCAGCGAUGCUACCAUCACGAAGCGAAAGUAUCGGUCGCCUUUGACGCCUCGCCUCGAGACCCCAUCCACCCCCAAACCCCUGCCGAGCCGAACGUCUCAUCUACAAGACCAUCAACACCCCAUCCCACCUCACCAUCUGUCCAAAGGCAAAUCCAGAGCCACGAACCCCGCGCAUCCCUCACCACAGCUGUUCCUGGGCCAAACCAACCGCUCCCCUUUCACAUACGACCUCUCCCGCCGGCGCCGUCGCUCCGGCUCCGACUCGACCAUGUCCAUGCUCGGCUUCGAGAGCGACGGGGACAUGACGGGUACGACGGUUGUACGUGUCCCGAGAAGCUUUGCGAAGCGGCGGCACGGCUCUGGCGGGACGUUCUUCCGGGAUGUCCAGGGGACAGGAAAAGGGAAAGGAAGAAUGGGGCGGGUGGAGGAGGAACAGUUCGAGAGGGCUCGCCAGCUCCAACAGCAGCGGCGGUCUCUUGCUCCUGCUCCGGAGGCACCCACAUUCAUUGCACCGCCAUCCCACUCUGCAACGCCGUACCAGCCAAUGCCCGCGCAUCAUCCGCCUCCACCACAAGCUUAUCAUCCCUUCCAACGCCAAGUAUCGCCGGAACGCUCUUACUCCCCCCAGCCCAUCUCUAUCGACCCGCAGUCCGCUGCCUUACCCAUCCCCUCAUCAGGCUGGCCCCAUGCCCCUCAGCCGGCCGCGGCCGUACCGUCACCAGGCCAUAUCGGGCUCCUCGAGGCCACCAACCUACCAUGGCAGCCACAACACCCGGUACCUCAUCAUCGGUCUCGGCCUCCGUUCACCAAGGCGUGCCACAACUUCUUGUACGCCAAACAUCGGCAGACCGCGCGCAGGCGGAAGUUGUUGCUGGAUUAUCAUAGGCGGGCGAGAGAUGAGGCGGAGGCGGAACAUGACGAUGAGGCGAUGCAGGUGGAUACGCCGGCGGUGCCCUCAUUCGCGGAUCAUCGGCCGGUCUCCAUGGCUCCGCGGCAACACGUGGGCUACGCCGGCACAGCUCAGCAGUACCAACUUCCCGCCGGGUCUCAGGCUGCUCAGGCGUACCAGUAUCUCCCAUCCCAGACGGCCCAGGCGAACCUAUCGGCGGCCGAGCCGCACCAGGUCUCCAUACGCAGUGUGGCCAGUAUCGCUCGGGUCCGGUCGGAUGAUGAUCAGAAACCAGCUCGGAAGCGGCGAAGGGAGAUGUCCCCGGAAUCGGUCUAUCAGCCUUUCGUCUCGCAGUACGUCAGCCCUAGCUACUGCGCCCCUGGGCCGCAGCUACAGCAACAACUUCCGACGAUCCCGCCGACCUACACCAACUCUCCGGUAGUCUGCAAUCCGCCAACUGCACAAUCUAAUUUCCCUACCGGAGUACGCUCCCACUCCCUUCCCUCCCAGCCUCUAGCUGGACCAAGCGGCUCCGGACCAGCCACCUCUACCUCCCUUCUCCCGUCUAUCGAGAUCCGCACUCCUUCCCCCGCCCACCAGCCUCCUCGCCAUCGGCACAAUCGCCAUCAUCGCGCCUCCGCCGAGAUCAGCAGUACUGGGAUAGUCCGGAUCCCGGCGGGCGCGUACGGGCACUUUGAGUUUGAGCGGGGGAGGGCAGAGGAGAUGGAUCGGAGGUUGAUGGAAGGGGUGAAGGUCGCUAGGAGGGAUGCUUGGUUGGACGAGAUGAAGAUAGAGGUCUUCUCGCGCUGA